AUGUGUGUCAUCUGCUUCGUGAAGGCGUUGGUGCACGUGUUCAAGAUCUACCUGACUGCCAACUACACCUACAACUUCCGCGGCUGGCCAGUGGACUUCCGCUGGGAUGACGUGGGCGCUGAAGGUGGGGGUGGCAGUGGGCACCGUGCAUUAACAUGUGCUGCAGCUGCAGCCGGUGUGUGGUUGUUGCAGAGUGCUGCUCUAGGAGAGGACACGCCGGAGCGGCCACCACGCGCCACCCGAAGCCAGGCACAGUGCCUCCUGCAGCAGCUCCGCGAGCUGCCUGGCCAGCUGGCCAGCUACGCUUUGGCCCACUCGCUGGGCCGCUGGCUGGUGUACCCUGGCUCCAUGUCCUUGAUGACGCGCGCGUUGCUGCCGCUGCUGCAGCAAGGUCAGGAACGCCUUGUGGAGCGCUAUCAAGGCCGGCGCGCCAAGCUGGUGGCCUGCGAUGGCAAUGAGAUCGACACUAUGUUCAUGGAUCGCCGCCAACACCCAGGCAGCCAUGGCCGCGGCCUUCGACUUGUCAUCUGCUGCGAAGGCAAUGCUGGCUUCUACGAGAUGGGCUGUCUGUCGGCGCCGCUUGAGGCAGGCUAUUCCGUGCUGGGCUGGAACCACCCAGGCUUUGGGGGCAGCACCGGCGCGCCCUUCCCGCAGCACGACGCCAACGCCAUGGACGUAGUGGUCAAAUACGCACUGCAUCGCCUACACUUCCAGCCAGAGCACGUGGUGGUUUAUGGAUGGUCUAUCGGUGGCUUCACAGCUACCUGGGCCACCAUGACGUACCCGGAGCUGGGCGCGCUGGUGCUCGACGCCACCUUUGACGAUCUGGUGCCGCUGGCGCUGAAGGUCAUGCCGCACAGCUGGAAGGGGCUGGUGGUGCGCACUGUGCGCGAGCACUUCAACCUCAACGUAGCGGAGCAGCUAUGCAGCUACCCUGGGCCGGUGCUGCUCCUUCGGCGCACGCAGGACAACGUAGUCAACACCUCGGGCUCCCUGCGCCCCCUGCCGCCCGGAGACGUGGAGGGCAACCGCAGCAAUGAGCUGUUGCUGCGCCUCCUACAGCACCGUUACCCAGCAGUGAUGGCGCGUGAGGGCCGCGCGGUCGUGACCCGCUGGCUGCGUAACGGCAGCCUGGCGCAGGAGGCCUCCUUCUACGCACGCUAUCGCGUGGACGAUGAGUGGUGUCUGGCGCUGCUGCGCUCCUACCGUGCGCGCUGCGAGGAGGAGCUGGAGGAUGAGGAAGCCUGGGGGCCGCACGGGCUCACCUUCCCAUGGCUCGUGGGUCAGGGCCUGGGCACGCGACGACGCCGUCAGCUCGCACUGUUCCUGGCUCGCAGGCACCUUAAGAACGUGGAGGCGACUCACUGCAGCCCCCUGGAGCCGCAGGAUUUCGAGCUGCCCUGGGCAUUGUAG